AUAGGUUGAUUCUAUAUAAUCAGCGCGCAAUUGCUUAAAUUGUGUGCGCUACAAAUUAGACAAUCUUUCCAAAUGUGGAAAAUCAUCGUUUUCCACGCUUUUCAUUCGAAUAUUCUUUGGAUUCUUGGGCUUGUUCGGCUCAGUUUUACGUCUAGUUUGCUUGCAACGAAUGGAACUUCACUUAUAUAAUGAAAUAGCGUGAGGGCGUUUUGCCCCGGGGGUGCGUAUUACCCCAGGUAACCCUACCUACAUACAUAUCUUGCAUGUUAAAUCAUAUGGUGUGUAGUUAGAACGGAAGUGAUCCAGAAAGUGAAAAUGGAAUCAUAAAAGCGUGAAAUGUUAGCCCACUGACAGACGAUUAUCAUCAACACCGAUGAUGUGCUUUCACGUUUAUUUCUGUCGUAGGUACCCAUUAUGAGUAGGUACCUGGGUAUUGCGUGGUGGAUAGAAAGCGAAUAUUGGAUUCCGAGCACUAAUUUCUCGUGCAAAGCGUUAGUCGUGUGUUGAACUCUAUCAAAAGUGCAUCCUAGAAUGAAUCUAUCAGUGCAACGUACAGUUUUAAGUUUUAUUGCAAUCGGUGCUGUGUCUCUGGUGAUGGUUGGGCAGUUAACACAUGCUUUCAAACUGAUUCAACCAUGGUCCGACGAAAAGCCAGCUUGCAGUAACAACAAUCACAAACUUUUGUCUCUGUUCAACUUAUUGUGCAAUGCCACUCAAACGACUUCCAUCGCGACCAGAGAUGCGUGUUAUGGGUGCUUUUUCAGAGCGGGAGUUCUUCCGGCAGGACAAACUCAACUUACGGCUGUUAGUCAAUGUGCUACGAUUUAUCUCAUGAACAGUAACUAUGCACUGUGCGCUACGAGUUUGGCGCAAAUAGUUACCGGAAUGCGCCCGACGUCAGCGCCAACCCUGGGAACCAACUGCUACACCGGAUAUUGCGAAUUUGUCCAAUGCGUCCGGCGGGUCAAUGCCAACUCACUGAUCAAUCAAUGCAUUCUGCAAACGCUGGCCAACAAAGACCUGAACGUCCAAUCGCAACGGGUUGGCUUCUACAUCAACGCAACGUCCUGUAUUCUGGCUAGGACGCGAUGCGAUACGUACAAUCCGAUCACUGGUGAACUCCAAACCCCGUAUGGGCCUAGCUUGCCGUUGGGCGUGCGCAAUAUGGACAUUCUGUCAAAUGCUCUGCAAAUAUCACCCAUGGGCGAUUUACGAAUUGUUUCUUUCCCCACUAAAAUAAUCGCCGCCGAUUUGUUUUGUUCGAGUCGAACCUUUCUGGAUCAGUCAGCGUUUGGAGAUUCAACGUGUUAGU